UUAUCUACGUGAAAUUCACCUAACUACAUUGUUGCAACACGCUGCAAGGAAAUGCAUAGAUAGAGAGAGAAAGGCAUUGACAUACCAAAAUUGCGAAUCUCGUUCUUCCAUUCUGCUGAUCCUCGUCUCUUCUCGCUGUUCUCACCACCGUCACACAUAGUGAAAUCUUUGUAGUUUCUAAUAGCAAUGCCUGCUCAGAAGCGUUCCUUUCCCGAUUCUCCUCACGAUCACCACCGCCACACCAAACAUCACCUCCAAGAAAAAACCGAAGAAGAAGAAGAUGCACAGCAACAAGAACAGGAUAAUUAUGAAUCAAACGGCUCAGAUUCUCACCGCGCUCUAUCUUCUCCCUCCGAAGACAAUUCCGAGUACUGGCGUUUGAGCCAUGGCGUAUUAUUCGUUUCCACAAAUUCUUCCUAUUUGAUUAUUAAUCCAUUUGUUUUUGUAGAGCUUCUCGAAAUACGUAAAGAAGUUCAAUGUCCAAUUUGCCUUGGUAUUAUUAAGAAGACACGAACAGUUAUGGAAUGCUUGCACCGGUUUUGCAGAGAAUGCAUUGACAAGUCGAUGCGAAUGGGGAACAAUGAAUGCCCUGCUUGUCGGACACACUGUGCCAGUCGUCGUUCUUUGAGAGAUGAUCCAAACUAUGAUGCUCUGAUUGCAGCUUUAUAUCCAGACAUUGAGAAGUACGAGGAAGAGGAGCUUGAGUUUCGUGAAGAGGACAAGAACCGCAAUAAGCUGAUUCAAGCUUCAAUUGCAAAAGUUGUUCAACGACAAUCAGAAGCACUGGUUAAGAGACGUAGAGAUACACCAGGUUCAUUUGUAACAAGAUCACAGCGCAUUCAACGAAAUGUUCUUUCUAGGAGACAAAACCAAGUAAUGGAUAAUCUAGGAUCUGAGGAUAAUGAGGAUGAAAAUGAUAACAAUGAAAAGGACUCAUCUUCCACAGAUGAGCGAUGUACAGAAAUUAGGCAGAGAAGGCGAAAGAGGCGGACCCGAGUUCGCCCUUCUCAGCCAUCAUCAUCAACAGCAAGUCCUGACAGAGGAUGCAUAGAAAGUGAUGUGGACAUAAGAGAGAAUCGAGGAAUUUCUUCUAGACCAUUGUCAAAACCUCAAAAGCUAACAUGGGGGAGGGGUGGUUUUAGGAGUCACACACGGCAUGGCAGUGGCAGUGGCAAUGGUAUGAAUAGCAAAAGUGCCCGCAGUAGCCGCUUGGCAAAGUUUGUUGAUCAUCUCCGUAAUUUGAAUGAAAACACUGAUGAGUUAGAUGUUCAUCUCAUUCUUUUCUCUCUGGACAAACAAAGUACACCAAGCUUGCUGCAGCCACACCUUUGCUGUCGACCAACUUUGUCUGUGAAGCACCUUUGUGAGUAUGUUGCUGGCCAGACAUCUUUGCCAAUUGAAGAAGUUGAGAUAUUGGCAGUUAAAGGAUGCUCCAGUACAGUUUGUGAAAAGUCAUUUGACGAGAUUUCAUCCUUUGAUGAGCAAACGGCACUGAUAAUAGAUCCUAGCAAAGUUGAACUGGAAACUCUGCAAGGGCAUGAAUCUUUGACAGAACUUAAAUCCAAAUGCAUAUCUCAAAGGGCGCAUAUGAUUCUGGCAUACAGGCGGAAGGAGUGAAACAUUAAAGACAGUUUUAAGAUUUAUGAAUGCCAGAACUUAUUCUGUACGUACAUAGGAAAAUUUUUAACUGCAAAACUAUAUAUAGUUAAAUAAGAUGAACCUCCCCAAAGUUUAUAUAGACAAUUUUGAAAUUAUUGAUGUAAGGAUUUACUCUGCAUGUAUAUAGGAAAAUUUUCAACUUAAAACUACAAUGAAUUUAUAUGAACCUCCCCAAUGGCUAUUUAUAUACAAGAGUUUGUUUCAACUUGUUGCAUA